GUGAAGUUCCACCCUCCCAGUCUGGUUCAUGCUGGACUUGUCUCAGAGGUGUCACAGAGUCCAGAGUCUCUGACGGCAGGACCUGCAGAACUUGCUCAGACAUGGCCAACUGUUCAGGAUGUGGACCAGGCUACCGCAGCCCACUGGAUGCCAUGAAGGGUCCUCGGGAGGAGAUCGUUUACCUGCCCUGCAUCUACCGCAACACCGGCACCCUCAAACCUGACUACCUCGCCACUGUCGACGUCAACCCGAAAUCCUCCACCUACUGCCAGGUCAUCCAUCGUCUGCCGAUGCCGAACCUCCGUGAUGAGUUGCAUCACUCCGGCUGGAACGCCUGCAGCAGCUGCUUUGGCGACGCCUCCAAGAAAAGGAACCGUCUGAUUCUACCAGCACUCAUCUCCUCCAGAAUCUACGUGGUCGAUGUCGGGACAAAUCCCAGAGCGCCACAGCUCCAUAAGAUAGUUGAGCCCAUCGAUCUGUACUGGAAGUGUGGCCUGGCGAACCCUCACACCUCCCACUGCCUGGGCAAUGGACAGAUCAUGAUCAGCUGUCUGGGAGACCCGUCUGGCAAUGGCAAAGGUGGUUUUGUCCUGCUGGACGGACAGACGUUCGAGGUGGUCGGUAACUGGGAGCACCCAGGUGAAGCGGCGCCCUUUGGAUACGACUUCUGGUACCAACCUCGACACAAUGUGAUGAUCAGCACUGAAUGGGGUGCACCCAAAGCUCUGGCUGAUGGUUUUAAUCCAGUCCAUGUCAAAGAAGGUCACUAUGGGAGCUCCCUUCAUGUUUGGGACUGGACCACCCACAGGAAGCUGCAGACCAUUGAUUUGGGUGAGGAGGGUGCUAUUCCUCUGGAGGUCCGAUUCCUCCAUGACCCCAGCGCCACUGAAGGCUACGUGGGAUGUGCUCUGGGAGGAACGAUCUUCAGAUUCUACAAAACACCCAAAGGCGACUGGGCUGCAGAGAAGGUGAUCAAUGUUCCCAAUAAGAAGGUGGAGGGAUGGGCUCUGCCGGAGAUGCCUGGUCUGAUCACAGACAUCCUGAUCUCAUUGGAUGAUCGUUUUCUUUACUUCAGUAACUGGCUGCACGGUGACAUCAGACAGUAUGACAUCACAGACAGGAGGAAGCCACGAUUGGUUGGUCAGGUGUUUCUGGGAGGAAGUAUCAUCAGUGACGGUCCAGUCAAAGUUCUGGAAGACCCUGAGAACCAGCCGCAGCCCCACCCACGCAUCAUCCAGGGGAAGCGUCUCCCUGCGAGUCCUCAGAUGUUACAACUGAGUUUGGACGGUCGGAGACUUUAUGUGUCGACGUCUCUGUACAGCGCCUGGGACAAACAGUUCUACCCCGACGUGGUCAGAGAGGGCUCGGUCAUGAUGCAGAUCGAUGUGGACUCUGUUAACGGAGGUCUCUCGCUCAACGAAAACUUCCUGGUGGAUUUCGGGAAAGAACCCGACGGUCCGGUUCUCGCCCAUGAGAUCAGAUACCCCGGGGGAGACUGUACGUCUGACAUCUGGCUGUAAAACAUCCAGACUCACAGGCUUUCGCUCCAGAACUUCAUCUUUUCAUGUAGUGAUUUCAUGCUUAGACUUUCAGCAACGUAACACAACAUUAAUAUCAGAUCAGUGAUCACACCUUUCAGUGCGAAGUACUUUACAGAGUUCAUAAUGUGUCACAAAUGGAAAAACAAGAAAAUAUGUGAACAAAACAUGUAGACAAGUUGAUUUGAGCUGUCAGAUUUGAUUUGUGAACUGAGGCUUCACUGAAGGAUACUUUGGUUUAAAAAGUUAAAAGGGUUAAAAGUCCCGCAUCCAAAAUGUUUCAUGAGGAAAGGUAGAAAAGUAUCACAUCAGAAUAUAUUUAAAGUACCAAAAGUAAAAGUUCUGAUUAUGCAAAGCGCUGCAUUUCAUUGGAUGAUCAUUUUUGAUGCGUUAAUUUGUUCAGGACUUUAAUGUAACCCUUAACCACGGCUGUAAUGCAGUAAAAAGUACUAGCUUUGCUUCCAAGUGUAGUGGAGUACAAGGUGAAGUAGCAUAACAUCUAAAUACUCAAGUAAAGUACCAGAAGGUUGUACCUCAGUGCAGUACUUGAGUAAAUGUUCACGCUUUAGUCUUCAGGUAACAACCAACCAAUCAGCUGUCAGCCUGGCAAGCAGGUGCUCCCUGUUCUCUGCCUUUUCAAACCCAUCUGUCUGCCCGUCUCCUGCAGCGCCACCUGCUGGCCGUACUAUAAACGCUUGAAAUAAAGUUCCAUUUGAUCAGUCG